AUUGGGGUCUCUGUCAUGACCUCCCCUUCUACCUUUAUAAAGGAGCUCAUGAAUGAAACCAUCACGCAGAGGUACAACACCACCGUCAGUGAAGGAGAUGUUUCCAUCACCUGGUCCUUCAUGGUCUCCAUCUUUGCCAUCGGAGGCUUAGUGGGGUCGAUGGUGUGUGGUUGGGUGCUGCAGUACGGCAGAAAAAGAUGCCUCUUAUUAAACAAUGUUUUCACCAUCGCCGGCGCCGUGUUGAUGAUCUGCAGCCAACCAGCCAAGUCGUUUGAGAUGAUCAUGGUGGCUCGAUUCAUUUAUGGAGUCAACACAGGAAUAGGCAUCUCAGCCCACACGCUGUACCUGAUAGAAUGUUCCCCCAGGAGGCUGCGGACCAUGCUGGCCGUCACUGUUGGGAUAUAUGUUGGGCUUGGAAAGUUCACUGGCCAACUACUGGGAAUCAGGCAGCUCCUGGGAAGCAAAGAUCUUUGGCCCUGGCUGCUCGGCUUCAAUGGCUUUUUAGGGUUAUUUCAACUCCUUGCCUUACUCUUCCUGCCUGAAUCGCCCCGGUUUCUUCUGCUGAACCGAGGAGACCAUGAGGCAUGUGAUAAAGCUAUGGCCCUGCUCUGGAGCAACAUGGACCACCAUCAGGAGGUGGAGGAGAUGUUGCAGGAGAAGUCGACCCUGGAAGAGGCCUGCAACUAUUCAGUAAAUGAGCUAGUGAGGAACUCAGCACUGCGCUGGCAGUUGGUCACUCUCGUCAUCACCUUCAUCUGCCUGCAGCUCUGUGGCAUCAAUGCGGUCUACUUUUAUUCUUUCGAAGUGUUUAAGGAAGCUGGAAUCCAAAAUUCCCAGCUGCCCUACGCAGCUUUGGGAACAGGACUGUGUGAAUUCUUCUGCUCCACUUGUGGUUUCUUCAUCAUCGAGGGGACUGGGAAAAAGGUGUUGCUGUUCAGAGCGUACUUGGGGAUGUCCAUCACUUUGAUUCUGCUGACAGUCACACUCAACUUGGAGCGUUACGUCACCUGGAUGUCGUACUGCAGCAUGAUCCUCAUUUUCAUAUUCAUCAUGUUCAUCUGCCUUGGACCGAUUGUAGUGACAGUCCCGCUUCCUGGAGAUUUGUUUAGCCACUCCUACAAGUCAGCCGCCUUCACCGUCGCCUAUGUCAUCAACUGGGUCAGCCUCUUUGUGGUGGGGAUGGUCUUCCCACUCAUGGUGAAACAUCUCAAUCGCUUCUGCUUCCUGGUCUUCUUGUUCUUCUGCCUGGUCAACGCACUGUACUUGCAGUUCCUAGUUCCUGAAUUUUCAAACCGGACACCUCUGGAGGUCGCUGAGGAGUUUGACAGGAUACACGCUCGCACCAAAGCACCUCAGAAGGAAUUCAAUAAAGUCAGCUCCGAAACAGAAGUCGUCCACACGACCAAGCUCUAAUGAAAAACAGAAUAAAUAUUCCAAGGUUGAAUAGGAAAUACUGAUGAAAGGUAAAUACAUCUGCAGACGUCCUUCCCGUGUGGACUGAAUGAUGAUAAUAAUAACUAUUAGAUUAUUUAAACAGCACUUUAA